CUUUGUUGUUGAAUUCAUUCCCAUGUGAGUGAGCGAGGGAGCGAGUGAGACAGCAAGAGAUUCAAAAGCAGUUUCUGUUUCUCCUCUCCCCCUCCACUCCUCCCUUGCAUAUCUUCUUCUUAACUCAACUCUCUCUCUCUCUCUCUCGUUUAUUGGAAUCUCAGAAUCUCCCAAAGCAUAGAGUAGCCUUCUUCGAUUAGAUCUGUCUCACUCAUCUCUGGCUUAUUCAGAUCAACUAUCCCAAGUUCUACCAACUUGGCAAAUGGCUAGUUCUAUGGUUCACAGCAGUAAGCAUAUGAAGAGAACAGAAUCAAGAAAGUCUCAUUCCUGGUGGUGGGAUUGUCACAUCAGUCCGAAAAACUCCAAAUGGCUUGCAGAGAAUCUUGAGGAGAUGGACCAAAGCGUCAAACAAAUGAUGAAGCUGAUUGAAGAUGAUGGAGAUUCAUUUGCCAAAAAGGCUGAGAUGUAUUAUAAAAAGAGGCCUGAAUUGAUCUCCCAUGUUGAGGAUUUUUACCGUAUGUACCGGUCACUGGCUGAGCGUUAUGAUCAUGUGACAGGAGAAUUGCGGAAGAAUAUUCCUUCAGAUCUCCAAUCCCAAGGUUCAGGCAUUUCUGAUGCUGGGUUGGAACUGCUCUCUACUCCCGAUAAUAGGUUGGGGCGUCGAAGAUCUAGCCACCGAGCUGCUGGUUUUGAUUUCUUCCUUGGCUCUGGUGGAAACAGCUCUGAUGUUUAUCAGAAAGAAGGAGAUGAAUCAUCCACAUUGACAGACUCAGAGCCAGAGUCUGAUGAUUCCUCAGUCAAUAAUUACCCAUUUCUAUUAGGGAACGGUGGGGAUCAAGGGCUGAGCAGGAAGAUAGUUGAAUUGGAGAUUGAACUCCGUGAAAUGAAAGAGAAAUUCCGGAUGCAACAGGAAGGGAAUGCAGAUGGUUCAUUUAGAGAGGCAAAAAAUGAAAUUCCAGAAGAUUUCCCUGCUAGGAUUGCACAUUAUGAGCAAGAGCUGAGGAUUGCAAAUGGAAAGAUAAGCCAAUCUGAAGAAGAGAUCGCUUGGCUGAAGAUUGAGAUCCAAAAAUGUAAGUCAUUGGAAUUCGGUAAUGAUUUCCAGUCUGAGCAUGGAUCAUCAGCGCAGGAAGAGGUCAAGAUGCAGGAGGCUGAGUUGGAGGCUGACCUGGCAUUGGGGAUUCAACAGAGGGUUGGUCAGACUGAAAAUGGAAAGAUUAAAGCACUGGUGGAAGAGCUGAGAAUCAAUAAAGAAAAGCUUCGGGAAUCUGAAAAAGAAAUUGCUCGCUUGAAGCAUGACCUUGAGAGUAAUAAAUCCUCUGAAAACACCCGCCAUUUGCAGGAUCAGAUUGAGCUGGCUCAUAAAGAAAUAGUUACUUGGAAAACAAAACUCAAUGUGGAGAAAAGACAGGUCUCCAAGCUGCAGGAAAGAAUUUUAAGGUUGAAAGCUAGUUUAUCAGACCGGGAUCAUGAAGUCAGGGAUUUGAAAAUAGCUGUAUCUGACGCUGAACAAAAGAUCUUUCCCGAAAAAUCAAAUUUAAAGGCUGAAAUGUCAAAAAUGUUGGAUGAACGUACUCGUUUGGAGGAGGAGCUCAGAGAAUGGGAAUCCCGUGCUCGUUUGUUAGAGGACGAGAUCAGGAAGGUCAAGGCUGGAAAGACGGAAAUAGAAAUUAGACUCACUGGUGAAAUUGAGCAGUUAAAGGCAGAGGUUGUCGACAGAGGUGAUCGCAUAGAAAUUUUGAAUAAAAGCCUUGAUGGCUUGAAGUUAGAAAGAGAUGAACUCAAUGCAAAAGCACUUACACUCACAGCAGAGAUAAGCUCUAGGGAUGAUCAAAUCAACCAAAUGGAUAAGCAUUUGCAGCAAUACCACAAAGAACAUGUCGAGCUGAUUGCUGGAAUAGAAGGUGCGAAUAAAUUAGCGGAGGAGCUGAGAUCAAGAGCCGAGGAACUAGAAGCGGAGGUGGAGAGGCAAAGAGUUGUUAUAUCGGAAGGAGCAGAAGAGAAACGAGAGGCCAUUCGGCAGCUGUGCUUUUCUCUUGAGCAUUAUAGGAACGGGUAUCAUAUGCUUCGACAAGCUUUCAUAGGGCAGAAACGAGUUCCAGUUUUGGCAUCGUGAAUUAAAUGUGUAAUCUACUAAUCUGUGUAUAUCCCCCGUUCCUUUUUUUCAGAGUGCUAGCUUCAUUUUCUGGGUCUGGAAAGGUACACCCAGAUAACGUUUUGGACCUCGAUCUCAUGGUUCCAAUAGUCAGUCGGUUUGUGUAAACUAGAAUGUACUGCAGUGAGUUUCCCCUUUUUUUCGAGACCAUCUGAGUGCCUGAAACUUCCACCGGCGGUCGUGGAGUUUUACAGAAAUUUGCAUGCCGUUGUUCAGUUUUAAGCACGAGUUUUGUGCUGAAUGAAUAGACAUCUGAGUUGGAAUGUCUGCAA